UACGUUGAACAAGUGCAUAAACGAGUAUAAGUACAAACAACCGCCAUAGUUUAGACAGGAGUCAUAGAAAAAUCAUCAUACGUCAUUGACUUCCAUAUGAAUACAAAGUGAAACGGAAAAUAUUGUAAAACUUACAAAUACAAGUUUCAACAUAAAACGAACAAAAUUAUAGGAAAUUGAGAAAAAAAAAUAUAUAUAUAUAUAUAUAUAUAUAAAUGGAAAGUGGACAUGCAAAUAAAUUUACUCGCACAAGUAAACAAAGAAAAAUCACACAAAAAUAAUGAUUUAUACAAUAUAAUGUUUGGAAAAAAAUUAUUAAAAAUGGAAAAACCUUAAAUGAAAAUUAAGAAAAUUAAUGUUUAUAAAAAAGGAAAAAAAGAUCGUACAUUUGUAAAUGUUGAAAGUGAAAGUUUAUAUGCAAAAAUUUAAGAACUCGUAAAGUUUUUUUUUUUCGUUCUUCUUGUUAUACGAAAAAAUCCUUGACCUAUUGUGGGGUGUUUUUAGUUUGUUGUUCCUGCUGUACUCCUUUAUGUGAAAAUUUUGUUUUGGCCCUUUUUGAACAUGUUUUAUGGUUCAAAGUAUUUUGAUUAGACUAAGUUUGGCAAAACAAAAAAAUCGUUUUACAAAUGUGUUUCACCGCGGCGUGUGUGGGUUCAUAGACAAGUUCAUUAGAGUGACAACAACUCAGUAAAAAAAUAAAAAAUAUGUUUUCCUUUCACAUUUUUUGUGUAUGAAUGUUAUUUUUGAGCUUGUUGGCAUAAAAGGGAAAAAAACAAAGAAAAAAUAUAAAAUAAAACUUUAUGAUUAUGGGUUCCUGUCUGGGUAGAAACUCUUCAAAUAAACUCAACUCAAAUAAGAGUACAUCAAGUUUGAUGUCAUCAUGUUUGGGGCGUCAAUCAACAGAUGAUCAGGAUUUGGACUUAGUUUCAAACUUAAGUGAUUCCUACAGAAAACACAAUAUUAUAUUUCGUAUAUGGAAUUUUAAAAGAAAGAAAAAGUCUUCACACUAUUUGGAUAAAUUUUGGCAGCAUCAGGAUACCAAUUAUGCCAAAUUAAAUAAUGGAAAUCAAAUUGAGAGUUACUCCGACAUACAACUACAAAAUCUGGACGUAAACAAUCUACUUAUUACCUCCGGCCAUACCAAAGAAACUGCAGUUAACUACCUACCCAGUCGUGUGCCCAGCUCAAGAGCCAGUUCAUCGCUCGAUCUUGAAUGGGAGCAUGAAUAUAGUCAAAUACGCCACUUUAACCAGCAGCUACUUAAACAGAAGUCCCAAAUGCAACCGCAACAAAACUUCGGUCAAUUGAGUAUGAUGAUGGUGGCCGGCUGUACUACCAAAGAUGAAACAUCAGCCGAUGAAUCGUGGCAGUAUAUGAAUCAAGAUGAGGAUCAGUCUAUGGCUUCGUUAAGCUCUCUAGCAGCCGUACCUGAUGCGCUGAAUGCAACGACUAAGAAUAAAGAACGUUACAGUGAGAAGCGUAGUCUCUUAAAAUCCAAUAGUCGAGUAAUGUUAAGAACGGGUUCUAUAACACGUAACUCAUCGCAUAACUCAUGGUCGCAUAUUUCCACCCCUGAGUCUCUGGAAUGGGAUAUAGAUGAGGAUCAACAGCAACAAUUAAAAAUGGAAGAUGAUAAUUUGGACCAUGAAACCUUAAAAUUAUUACAUCAAAUAGAACAAUUGAAAAAUAGAGUUUUAUAUGAAACUGGCGAGGGUUUAUACGAUAUUUUAGAUAAUGGAGAUUACGAUUAUGUGGGUAAUGGUAUAAGAACCACGGGAACAUUUAGUCGGACAAAUUGUUUUCAAUUGGGUGAUAGUGAUGGUGAAAAUGGCAAUUAUAGUUGAUUGCUAGAUGUAGAUGAAGUAAACGGAAAUUUAAUUUGAAUUGUUGUAAAGAAAAGUGUAAAACUUUAAGUUAUGGAAACUAAACUAUUACGGAAAAUAUACAUACAUACAUAUAUAUCAUUGUUACAAUUAAACGAAGUCAAAAAAAACUAAAGAAAAUGAUAAAUUCCCCCUUUAAAUAAAA